UGAAAGGUCACCUGUACCUUAUAAGCUUUUUUACCUUUGGAAGUAUCGUCUAAUGGCAAAGUCCUGAACCAAAUCCAGCAGCUAUAGUAAUGAGGGCAAAGUCAGGUUAGCAGUAAGGUGCACACCUGGAGCUGGGUUUAAGUUCAAAUCUAAGAGACUCUUCUCAGCGCUUGUUGGCAAGAGGAUAGGCAACCGUCGCAGAUUGCAGCAAGGGAGGUCCCAGCUGAAUCUAAGUGGGAAAAGAAAAUAAUCGCAAAGUGAAUAAGCAUGCACUGGAACAGGGGCAAGGGGAGCUCGUACAACGCUUUUCCGUGAAGACAUCAAAGUUCCACAGGACGAGGGCUGGUGCAACUUGAUCUUUGAAAUUACCGUAUCUGGAAUCAGAUGGCUGGGCUAGACGACAUCCCAGCAGAAAUUCUUCCCACCUGAAUUAUUCUGUGAUGAGGGGCACCUGUUUAUUUGUAGAGAGGCCGAAGUGAGCAGCGUUCCCCCGCCGGCGUGGCAGCGGGCAGAUGGGCGCUGGGCUGCGCAAGCAGCUCCGCCUGCCACCAGAGGGAGGAGGCGCCGGCUCCGCACGGCACAGCCCGGGGCGUGCGGGUACCCGGCUGGGCGGUAGCUGGGCUGGAAGCUCUGUCACAGAUCUUCUAUCUCUAACGUGAACCAUUUCCAAAUGCCUGUUGCGUGUGAAGGCUGUGACGUGAGAUAAAGGGCUGAAGGACGCUUCUUGGCUGCUGCUCUGAGGCCAGGCUUUAGCGGUCGCAUCCAACACAGCAGCACGUGGAUUUCGACCCCACUGCUUUUCCCCGAGAAGAAUUCACCCCAGUCUUACCAAAAGGAGAGGCAUUUCAGCUCUGCCUAUACUAUUAAGUCUACAACUUCCACAGACCAGAGAUCUUGCUGCUGCAUUGCCAUCAGUGAAAAUUUGUAGUAUCUUUUUGCUUUAACAAGCUGGAAAAUGGAAAUGAAGAUAAUUACAACAAAGUUGCUGUGGCUGUUGAUGUUUAUCGCUGAUAUUCUGCCAUUCAGCUAUGAGAAAUCAAUAAGAGAGCGAGCUAUUGAGCUGAUGCAGGAUGCACGUUUAAUUGAUGGCCACAAUGACUUUGUACUGCAGCUGAGAAUAUUUUACCAAAAUAGACUCAGUAAAGUCAACUUAAGAACACUCAACAAGACCCACACAAACCUUGCAAAACUUCAGGCUGGUUUUGUGGGAGCUCAGUUUUGGUCAGUGUAUGUUCUUUGCAGCGCUCAGAACAAGGAUUCUGUGCGUCUGACCUUAGAACAAAUUGAUGUUAUCAAGAGGAUGUGUAACAGCUAUCAAGAGCUUGAACUUGUGACGACUUCCCAAGGUAUUGCUGAGAGCAAAAGGAUCGCGUGUUUAAUUGGAAUAGAAGGUGGGCACUCCAUUGACAGCAGCUUGGCAGCACUGAGGAUGUAUUAUGACCUGGGUGUUCGUUACAUGACUUUAACCCAUUCCUGCAAUACUCCCUGGUCUGAAUCAUCAUCUAAAGGAAUACACAACUUUUAUCCUGGUGUUACCGGCUUGACUGCAUUUGGCCAAGAAGUGGUAAAGGAGAUGAAUCGCCUGGGUAUGCUGAUAGAUUUAUCUCAUACUUCAUAUUCCACAGCAAAAGCUGCACUGAGUAUCUCAAAAGCACCAGUAAUUUUCAGCCAUUCCUCAGCAUUUUCUGUUUGUAAUCACUCAAGAAAUGUCCGUGAUGAUAUCCUCCAGCAACUAAAAAAGAACAAGGGAAUUAUCAUGGUGACUUUCAAUGCAGAUGUACUGGCCUGUGGCAGAAAAGUUGUUAAUAUUUCUACCCUUGCAGAUCAUUUUGACCACAUAAAGCAAAUUGCAGGUUCAGAAUCAAUAGGAAUUGGUGGUGACUACGAUGGAGUGGAACGCUUCCCUGAGGGAUUGGAAGAUGUUUCUAAAUACCCUUCUUUGAUUGAGGAACUUCUUAGAAGAGGAUGGAAUGAAAUUGAACUGAAAGGAGUCUUAAGGGAGAACUUUCUCCGUGUCUUCAGGGAAGUGGAAAAUGUGAGGAACAACAGUGGACUAAUGGAUGUAGGUGAAAGUGAAAUUCUGCAAGAAGAAGUACAAAAUUCCUGUCGCCUAGACCUACGUAAUCAUCAGCUUCAGACAAUCAAGUCCUUGGGAUUCCCUUCUGUGGCACAACCUUUUAGUCUGAUGUCUGUAAUUGUAUUAUAUUUAAUAUUGGAACUGGAAUAAUUGGAAUUUGAUUGGAGUCUCAAGAGAGAUGUAUGGAGUAAUCUGCAAUGCAACUAGUUACCUUUUUGGGAGUUUUGUUAAUGUAAAGCUAUGCUAGUUUUAAAUAGAUAUAUAUAAUUUCUAUUAAUUCACUGGCAUACUUGAAAGUUAAUGUAGAUUUUAAAUGUUGCAGCACAAGUAUUUAGAAUUUGAAGUGAUAAAUACUGUGUCAUCUUGGGUAAUCCAGGACCAACAUUGUUAUUGAAAAGUAUUCACAUCUAAUAAAUUCUCUAAUACAUGACACAUGUAUUUGGUAAACAUAUUGUGGCACAGUGGCCAUAUUUUGGCAGCACUUUCACACAGAAACUAGAGAAUAUGAUUAAGGCAGCAGUGCUGAGAUGUUUUGAGAUAUUACUUAUUAAAUCAUAUAAAUUUCAUCAUCAGUCACUGAGAUCUAGUCAGAAAAGACCAAUCCUCUGCUAUGUCUAGAGGAAAUGGAUUUAGUUUUGUAAUUUUUUAAGCUGAUAAGAUGGAUGACAUAGCUAUUUCACUUCAGAUUUCAUGCCUACCAUGAGCUUUAGGGAUCAUUCUUGCAGUACUAAAGUCUUGUUUUUGAACCCUGACCAGUAAAAUGGACAACUGGAGAAUUACUGAAGGAUGGAGUUAGAAGUCUUCCAUUCAGGUACAGGUGACUCAGAGAUGUUGUAGAUACUUUUCUGUAAUUUGAGGACUGCUGUUUGCUGCAUGUACACAAAGCUGGGAGUAAGAAUAGCAGGAAUUCUAACUACUCAGAGGGCAAGAGCUUGUUCUGAUAAUUUUAAUGCAGUCUGAAAAAGAUAAAAUUAGUAUUUAAAUAAAAUUGCUAUUAAAAUGUUCCAAGGCUUCGUGGAAAUUUUCACAUUUAAUCCAUGAUCCUUAUCAAUAACAGGUUUAACUGUUUUAUUUUUAUUCUAGAUGGCUAAAAUCAGACCAUUGUCAAAGGAUUCAUGAGAUGAAUUUUUUUUGUUAUAAAUCUUAGCUGUUUCAGCAUUUGGAACACAUUUUCAAAUACACAAGGUAUGAGAGGUUAGAAGCUAUUCUUAUAUAUAUGUUGCAAUAGGCCUGUUCUUGGUAGGCUGAGAUGGCUCUGAUCUGGAAUGUAUGUUAAUCAAAUAUCCUCAAAUUCAUGCUGAAAUUGUAAGAUGACAGCACUAUGUCUUUGUAGGGUUAUUUCCCAGUGCUUGCUGGGAUGCUUGCUGUUAAUUGUGAUUUUUAUCCCAUAAUAUGUGGUUUUAUUUACUGAUAGGAUGUCCUAUUUAGCCUUAGUAUCAAAUGAAAGUUCUCUAACUGCUCUAAGGCCAGCAUUUGUAAACGAAGUCACUGGAAGACAAAGCUAUGCAUGAACAGAAUAGGAACAGCAAGUCUGUUCCUUAGUGUCUCUUGAGACUGUUCGUGCCAUCCAUUUCUGCAAGUCAUGUACAAGCAGGGACUCUGCAAGAACACUGUGCUUGUAUUGCUUCAAAAUGAAGCGUCAUUCUUUUUCUGAUAAGGUAGUCUCCUUGAUAAGUGUAUUCUGGAUAUACCAAUGCCACUUGACUGAACUCUUUAAAUAACUUGUUGAAUAAUCUGGAUGCAUACAAGGGCAAGUUUUUAAAAGCAAUUUCUCAACAAAUGCUGACCCUUGUGAUGCUUCUGCAGUGGAGAAUUGCUGCACAGGCUCAGAAGUCUUGCCUUCCUGAUACAGCUUGACUAGCAUCAGAACUUGAUUUACUAGUGAAAUGAAGAAUUCAGUAGGGCAAAUAGUUACUUCUCAUCAGUACUUCUGCUAACAGCUGCAUAAGCCAUUGCAAACUUGCCAUUCAUGCUCUGUCUUCAUAGUGUUCCUCUGAUAGUGAAUUCAUUACAUACUUGAAAUGUAAGAUGCUUCCUUAUCCCUUCCAGGCCUUUUCUUUCUAAUGCAUUGUCACUUUUCCUACCUGCUACUUUUUUUCAUACUAUAUCAUGGAUUCAAAAUUAACUCUUGUUCUCAAAGAUCUGGACAAUAAUUUUAUAUGACCCCUUCAAUACUAUAGACAUUUGUAGCUUGUUUCCUUGGUUUAACUAUAGUAUAUUAUACUGAUUUGAUUGCAUUGUGGAAUGCAUAAUUUGUAACCUUGUGGGAAAACAUACAGAUGGAAUGUAAAUAAAAUAUUGUUAAAAAGUG